GGAAUAAUCACUUGUUAUUGACCACUCAAAAACUGUUUGAUUUGGUAGACCGCUGCAAGUCAAAAUGAAAUGGGUCAUCUUGAUAUUUUGUUUAUUUUAUACUCUAAAUUACUCAGGAGCAAUUGAAGAAGAUUGUACCGAUUUCCAAGGACAAACCAUUGAACAUGGAGUACUGUAUGUACCAGGUCCUGCAGUAUGUACGAUGUGUGUGUGUUACCACAGUGAACCAAUGUGGUGCAAGGCAAUUUAUUGUGAUCCUCCAUACUUUUGUAAAAAGUUCCGAGUUGGUGAAAGAUGCUGCGAGUUUGAAUGCCUGGAUCCUCCAGGUGAUACUGCUUCUAAAAUGCUGCAAGCUUACAGAGAAAAGAAACAGAAGAAAAAUUCAUCAGUCCAAUAUUUGAGCUCUAACACAGUAUUAAUUUUUAUUUAUAUUUUCUCAUAUUUUGUGUAACUAGCGACUCAUGUUGAAACAUUAAAUUAAAUAUAUUUUUUUAGUACUU